ACGACACACAUACACCGAUACACGUACAAAAGCCUACACUGCUUUUGCCGCAAUUUUCGCAGCGACGGCACUGCCAGUCCACCAUUCGCAUGGCUCUCGCUAACACCGCCUUCUUCGCUUCUUCCUCCGGCCUCCGUCGAUGUAGGGUAUCUGAUCUCGAUUUCGCUCCACAACUCUCUCCCUACGAGUCACUCACCUUUUUCCCACUUAGCUACAGGAGCACUCAACCUGGACUUGCUUUCUCGAGAAAGAAGAACAUUUUGCAUGCAUCUAUCAAUGGUUUGAAUGCUGUUAAUUCAACCUCAUUGCAAAUGCAGAAGUCUGAUCAAGAUGCUGAUUAUAUCCCUAUGCCAAUAGUUCUGAUAGAUCAAGUUUCAGAUUCUGAUGUAACAAUUGUACAGCUCAGCUUUGGAGAUCGCCUAGGAGCUCUCAUUGACACGAUGAAUGCAUUGAAAGAUUUGGGACUGGAUGUGUCGAAGGGAACUGUUUCCACUGAGGGAUCAGUCAAUCAAACAAAUUUUUUCAUCACACUAUUAGACACAGGCCGCAAAGUCAAAGAUCCUGAUAUGUUAGAGAGAAUUCGACUGACCAUCAUUAAUAAUCUUUUGAAGUAUCAUCCAGAAUCUAGCAUGCAACUUGCAAUGGGCGAGGCUUUUGGAAUAAAAGCUCCAGAGAAGAAGCUUGAUGUUGAUAUUGCAACUCAUAUACAAGUGAAGGAAGAUGGACCCAAGAGGAGCUUGCUCUGUAUAGAAACAGCAGAUAGACCGGGAUUACUGGUAGAAGUCAUCAAAAUUAUUGCUGAUAUUAACAUUGAGGUGGAGUCGGCAGAAAUUGAUACAGAAGGACUGGUAGCCAAAGAUAAGUUUCAUGUCAGCUACAGAGGGGCAGCGUUAAACAGUUCCUUGUCUCAGGUGUUGGUGAAUUGUCUACGUUAUUAUCUCCGAAGGCCAGAAACAGAUAUAGAUAGCUAUUAAUACCUGGAAGUACCAGUGUAUGGCCGCAAAUGGUUCUUGUAUCAAAUCAUGCAUGAGCUAUAAAAGUCCCUAAAUGUCCCCUGCUUAAGAAUCUGGGCUAUGGUUCUUUAAUCGCAUUUUGGGAGGCUUUUUGUUUCAGAUGCCAGUGACUCCUGUAUACCUUGAAUAGGAUUCUAAACAUUAAAACUAGAUAUUUCUACUUUCAUUUCCAUGCCCUGAUUAAUACAUUGCACUUUCUGAUAAA